AUGCCCAAACAAAAAGGCAGCAAAUCUAUCGCCAAAGCAAAGCCCUCCAGUGCGCCCGCAGCUGUUGAACCACCCUCCUGGCCCGCCUUCAAACCCCCGCUGCCCCUGACCGAUCUACAGCCGGAAUCGCUUCUGGACGACAGGGUUGUUCUCAUCAGGAACUUCUGGCCCAGGUCGCUCUGCCGAGACUAUGCCUCCUUCUUACGAUCCCUCCCCCUCACCACCACGCCCGGCCAGCCCAAACGAGGGGAUGCUGUCAGGGUGAACGACCGGUUCCAGGUCCACGACCAGGGCUUUGCGAACCGUCUAUGGCUUGAGACAGGUCUACGGGAUGUGCUCAUGGGCGAUGACUGGAAAGCCUUAUGGGGCGGAGACCCCGUGGGCUUGUCUCCAAACAUCCGGAUUUACAGGUACAAGCCCAAACAAUUCUUCGACGCACACUACGACGAUUCCAACACCAUCAUCUCCGAUUUCGAUCAGGGACAGCCCAUCACCACCAAGACGACGUGGACUCUGCUACUGUACCUCACCUCGGAAGCGGACGGGUGCCGAGGCGGUGAGACGGUGUUCUUCCCCAACGACCGACGAGUGGCCAAGGAGGAAGUUGCCGUGGCGCCUGAGACAGGCAUGGUUCUGCUCCACAAACAUGGAAACGACUGCAUGCUUCAUGAAGGUCGCGAGGUCACUGCUGGGGAGAAGUGGAUCAUUCGGAGCGAUGUAUGCGUCCGUAAGUAG